AUGGGAAAAUGUCUAAAAAGAAAAUAUUAAAAGCUAUUGAUACUAAGAAAAAAGAUGACUCAAAGCAAAGUUUAAAGAAAAUUGACCUUAAAGAUAAAUCAAAACAAACUACAUCUAAAAAAGACGUUAAGGGUGAUGAUGACGACGAUGAUGACGACGACGAUGACGACGACGACGAUGACGACGAUGAUGAUAACGACGAUAAUAUAAAGUUGAAGAAAGACCUCAAUCAGAAGAGUUCAAGCGUAGCUCAAAAAAAAGAUGUUGAAAAGUCAGCUCCGAAAAAAGAUGCUGUAGCUCACAGUGUGAAACUUGAUGAAAAAAAAGUAAAAGUAGAUUCUACUAAACAAAGUGAGCCUAAAGUAAAGUCGGCAGAUAUCAAGAAGUCAGAACCACAGAAAGAUAAAACACCCCCGCCAGCUAAAAAGGAAGAUAUCAAAUCUAAAGUUGAACUUCCUAAAAAAGAGGGACACAAAGAAGAAUCCAAAAAGCAAAAGGAAUCUGUAACAGACACUGCCAAGCCCAAGUCACCUCCAAAACCAGAAGAAGGGAAAAAAGUUGACAAGAAAUCAGAAUCAAAGAAACCUGAGACUCCCAAACAUAAAGGCUCUGAAGAGGAUACUUCCCAUAAAAAGGAAAAAGAUGGCAAAAAGAAACCGAAGGAAAUGGACAGUGAACCUAAAACUGUUCAUAUUAUUGAUCAAUUAACAGAUAUGUUGUAUCGAAGAAAUAUGUUAGCUAGUGAAUUUGAAGAUUUUUACGCUUUUCUACCGACUUUUGCUCCCAAUUUUUCAAGGAUUCAUAAUCCAGAGUGCAGACGGCAUGGGCAAAUCCUGUUACGGCAAUUGCGCGGGACGAAACUAUGGGCUUUGAAUAUGCUAGACGCGUCAGCGAAGAUUCCCUCGGGCAUCCUCCAAGGCAACGGCAUUCAGCUGGGCGACUUCGACCAGUGCCUAGGAAGCCGGGCUCGAGUCCAACUGGAGACGGGAAGCGUGGUCAAGGUCCAGGGGAAGUACUGCUUGGCCCGCCUGGACGUGAAAGCUGAACACGAAGAGCUGGAGGUGCCGGUCCAUCUGGCGCAGGCCAAGAACCUGAUCAGGAGCCGGAUUGAUGAUCCAGGUCACUUCGUGCCGCGUUUCUCGACGCUGAGCUGGGGUGUGUGCGUGCCCUCGCCCUGCAACCCCGAAGAUGCGGAAGUGGUCAUCAAGGACUCGCUCAAGCAUUACCAGCACACCAGCGGUCUGGUCAUCAGGGUCAAGAUCGAUGAGAGGGACUGUCACGUCUAUGAGUCGUCGUGGGAUGAGUGGUUUGAGCUUCCGACUGUUUUGACGCUAUCGUUCUACGCUGUCAUCAUUCUCCUGGUCCUCAUAGCCACGGUUCAGGACUAUCUGUCCAGUGGAAGUUCUGAGGAGCCGCCAAGUGAAGAUGCAGACGACAAGGCAGAGUGCGACCAGGAGGCCGAAGAAGGAGAGAAAGAGAAAGAAGAUGCUCCUAAAACAGACAGUUUCCUCAGUUCCUUCUCCCUGUACAGUACGCUAAUGAAGCUCACCGCGCCAGGCACCAACGACGAAAUAUCUUGCAUCCACGGAGUCAGAGGGCUGGCAACCAUCGCACUGCUGGUGGCCCAUAAGUUUCUGCCGGUCGCUGUUACGCCGUACAACAACCGGUUGAAGAUAACGGAGGUGGUAAGCUCGCCACUAUGGUCAUGGUGCCGCGCUGGCUGGAUAUACACGGAUUGCUUCCUACUGCUGAGCGGGACUUUGACUGCCCAUCGUAUGUCAGCCGACGGUUCAGGCGUGAAGAGGCUGUUCUCGCGAUACCUAAGAUUGACUCCUGCCCUGUUAGCCGUGGUCCUAUUCUAUGCAUACAUCUGGGACAACAUCUCCACUGGUCCCAUGUGGGGUACUCUGGUCACCAAAAACGCCGAGAUCUGCCAGGAGGGCUGGUGGUGGAACCUUCUAUAUAUCCAGAACUGGUUCGGUUUCGAAGACAUGUGUGCCCCUCAAACUCACCAACUGGCUCUGGACAUGCAACUUACUAUCGUAGGCGGUUUGAUAGUCUGGCUGAUGCAGAUCAAGCCAAGCGUCUUCAAGUUUCUCCUGCCCACCGUUAUAGGCCUGGCUGCAUUCUCCAGAUAUUCGACCGUCAUCGAACAUCGCUUGACUAUGCUGGCCUAUCAUGGCGUAAGUGUCAGCCAACUCUACAGGACGGCCCGUUUAAGCUACACAUCAGUGUAUCACCGAUGCACCCCAUAUCUCAUCGGAAUCAGCUUAGGAAUUGCUUUGCAGAAACCUUCUCAACUUAAUAAGAUCCUGCUAGCUUUGGGUUGGUUGACAAGCGGCGCCCUCUGGGGCCUAGUGUGGUGGGCAGGGCUGGAUUCUGGCAACACUCAGUAUCGGUACAACGCCUUGUUUGCCGCAAACUACGCCGCUAUCGCGCCGAUAGCCGCUUCUCUGGCCAUCGCGUGGGUGAUAUACGCCGUGCAUAAUGGAUAUUGCGAAUCGCUGGCCAAUUUUCUGUGCUGCCGUCCAUUGGUCCUCAUCAGUCGACUUUCCUACGCGCUGUAUCUUUGCCAGUUCAUCGUGUUCCUCACCGAGGCUGCUACUGUUCGAACUACUAGUGAAUUCAGCUUAUUGUCUUUGAUUGAUCUUCACGAAAUAUCGUUGAUAAUACUUUCGUCUACGUUGUUAACUCUGACGUUUGUAAUACCAAUGCAAUCUUUGCACAAAGUCUUCACAUUCUCAUCAAAUUCAGAGAAAGAAGAUAACAAAGAAGAAUCUGAAGAUAAGCCAGAUGAGAAUCAUAUAGAAGCAACAGCUGAAAGCACAGAAGAUCACGAGGAAGAAAUAGAUGUCCCACAAAUAAAGACAAGACAGCUUCUCGUCGCUCAUAGAGAAGUGUUAGAAGAAAUUCCUGAAGCUGAUAUCGAAUAUGAAAUCCAGAGAGAUAAACUUGAAGGACUAGAAGAAAUUUUGGAGGAGGAAGAAGAGGAAGGAGCAGACGAUGAUGUUAGAGAAAAUCAUUUAGAUGAUGAAGAUUUGGAAGUUAUUGAAGAGGAACAAGGCGGCGAGGAUGAUUUCUGGGGAGAUAGAGAUGAAGACUACGUUCCAAGAAGGGCAUCAUACGUACAAGAUGAUGAUGAGGACAUCGAUGAGUGGGAAUGGACAGCGAAUGGCAGUCAAAACGGAGCUCAACACUACCGAUACACCAGAUAAUGUUAUCCUAUUAUGUCAAAUAAAUCUUACCUUUUCA